AUGUAUCAGUUUUAUCCAUACCAGCUGCCACAACGACACUUUUAUCCGUGGUAUAAUCAACCGUAUGUAUCUCAUCCGAUUACACCUUAUCAGCCAUUUAUCAAUCCUCAGCAGACAUUCACAUCCUCUCAUUUUACGCAUUCUCAAACUCCAACCGUCAAAAGAAAGCUGAAAACACUGUCCAACUUUGAAUUAAUCAAUCUAUUGAAUACUCAUAUGAGUCAACUCAAACAAAUACAUUAUCAAGAUCAACAGCAGCAGUUACCUAUUUCGAUCGAAUUUCUAAGAAUACUUUAUUAUGCACCGAGAUCAACAUUGGCAUCAGCUAUACAAAGUGAAGAGUUUUCCUUGGUCCGAACAACACUUAACGAUAUCCUUCAACAAUGGGAACGUUUCUCCUACUUGCCAGACAAUGAAGCAUCAAUGUUUCAUAUCACUACCAAAGUACUACACCGAAUAAUCAAAGUCAUCGAUGACAUCACACUAGUACCAUUAUGGUUAUCUGACUCUACACUUCUCGACACUAUUGCUACUUCACUCACUCACAUAGCCAACACGGGCAAGUUUCUCGACGACAACAACAAACAACCCUUCAGACACUUCACUCAUCUCAUACACACCUAUACUCUCUAUCAACAGCAUCUCAGUCAACAUCCUCACUCCAACAAAGAUACCUUCAUCCAGCUCCUUCAUCCCGUUCAACUCUGUCUCACUUCCACUCAUUUCGUCCAUUCGUUCGCUACUCUCUCCAACUCACUCACAACAUCGCACAAGUUCUUUCUUCUCAAAUGUCCUGCAUUCAUCAGCUCCUAUCACGGCUCGGCACUCGAAGAGACCAUGCACACUCUCUUGUCCACAAUGCUGCCACACUAUGUCACCAUGUUGGACAAGGCCAUGCCUUCGUGUUCUCACUGGAGUCAGUCGAUGAUUCGGUGUGUCGACGCGUUGCUGAGCAUGAUCAACCAUGGCACAGGCGAGUUUGACAACAAUGUGAAACUAGUGAGCGAACACUUACCACUGAUCGAUCAUGUUCUUCGACUGGUGGACGAAGCGUCGUUGUACGAGAAUAUUAGCGAAACGCUGUCGAACGGUGAGACACUGCUGUUGAACAGUGCCAUGCGAUUUCUGGUGAUAAUGAAGAAUGAAUCGAAUAUUCUUGCGCAUAUGAAAGAAAGUCACAAGACGGAGUCGUUUCUUCGUUUGACAUCAUGUCGAUACGAAGGAAUAGUGCUGAAUGCAUACACACUUCUUGCAUACACAGCACGUGAAGAAGAUAUAAAAACAAUGCCUGAAUCAGAUCGAUUAUUGCAUACAAUAGUUAAAUCUUUGAAAACAACUGUGGAUGAUAAGUUCGAAAAGAAAAAUGAAACAGAACAGUUGUUGGAAAUAUUAAAAGGUCUAAUUCAACAUGAACAAAUAAAAGCUGAAAUAAGUAAACAAGACGUUCUCUCAUUUCUACUUGGCCUAGUUCAUAAAUUAACGGGCAAAGCACACGUGUCAAUAGUCGAAAUCUUAUGGUCGCUUACGUUUCAUGAUGAGAGUGCGUUGAUUUUACGCUCUGAUCCAACUUUUCUCAAAACAAUUGAAAAUAUAUCGAGAGAAAGCCACGAUGAAGCACUAAAAAAGGCAGCUGAUGGUCUUGUAUGGAAACUUAUCCGAGAACCGACAUUUCUUAAAAAGAUCGCCAAACAGGAAGAAGAUGAAGUUCAUAAUCAGCAGAAAGUUACACAAACUAUCGUCGAAGAAGUUAUUACAGGUGAUGGUCAAAAACAACUGGUGACAACCAUUAAACCAGCAAUAAAUUCUAGCGGUGAACGAAUGUUCCAGUACGAUAUUAUGAUAUCUUAUUGUCAUGCAGACAAAGAAAUGACUUACAAGAUUCACAAAUUUCUUGUUGAUCAAGGCUUCAAAGUCUGGAUCGAUCUCGACAAUAUGCAUGGACCUGCAAUGAGCGCAAUGGCGGACGCUGUGGAGAACUCUGAGUUUGUGAUCAUGUGCAUGUCUGAUUCCUAUAAACAAAGCACAUAUUGCCAAGCGGAAGCUGAAUACGCUUUCAAUUGUAAACGACGACUAAUCCCAUUGAUCAUGAGACCAAAAUAUCGGCCAGAUGGCUGGCUUGGCUUCUUGAUUGGAUCGCGAAUCUAUGUUGAUUUUGGUCGAUUUGAUUUUGAGACGGCAUGUGGAAAACUAAUGACUGAAAUCAGUCUUCAAAGUAAACGGCCAUUACCAUCGAAAGCCGACCGAGUCAAAGGAGACGAAAAGUCCGAUAAGAAAUCAGUAUUAAUCAGUGGUCAUGAGAAACCAUCAAUGGAUGAUAACACCAACAUUCUUUCAAGCUUCACACAGAGAAAGACAAUGUCAAACUUCAAUCGGAAAUUAAUCAAGGACUGGACAGCUUCCGACGUGUUGGAUUUUCUUUCAACUGAACGUUUAACACCCAUGAUGCCACUAUGCACGGAGAUGAACGGUCGAGCACUUAUACAAUUAUAUAAAAUGUGUCUGUCACAACAUAGUUGCAUGUACGGUAUUUUGAACGACGAAUUAAAGUCAACGUAUAAAACAAAAUUAUCUAUUCGAACUUUCUCUGUAUUUCUAAGCGCUGUCGAACAACGAUUAAAUAUUGAUCCAUGGUCAUUAGCACAAAGCUCGUGGCAGUAUUCUGAUACAACAACGGAUAUCAUUCCGCAAGAAUACACUUCAAAUGAGUACAAUACCUAUCCGGAUACGCAAUAUGAUCUUUUACUUACUUCGAAUGCGUCCACUUUGGAUAUUUUAAGAACGAUAGAACGUUAUGGAUUAAACUAUGCCAAAACAGCAUUUUCUUGA